AUGGUACGAAUAGACCAUGCGGCUUCAUAUUUUAUGCCGAUGUUUUGUUCUGCGAAACCGUAUGUCGUUAUUUUGUCUACCCUGGCUACUAUCCUUCUCUUUGCGGCAAUGUACAUGACGUCUCAUAUUCUCAGUAAUCAAUAUGACGAUCCGAAUUUAUUUAAACCUAAUUCGCAAGAUUAUUUCAGAACUUCACUAUUAGGAAUUUUUUCACCUGUAUUAUACUAUUUCAUAAAGACAUUUCUUUUCAAUGUAAAAAAGAAGUAUCCGAUCCUAAAUCUUCUGGUCGAUUUCCCUUUGAAUGACUGGUUCAUUCUUUUGAUAAUCGUUUGCCUAGCAUAUCCACAGCUCGAACAAUAUGAUAUAGCAGCAGACACACUCUUGUGGCAUAUAUUGCCUAGGCAGUCAUAUCUUUUUGGAAUUGCUUGGUCGUUAGGUGAAUUUAUCAUAUGUGUUAUUGGUAAUAUCUUCAGUUAUCAGGAGGUUCCUAUGAGGAACAAAAGCAACGGCAAUAGCUCAAACAUUAUGAAUAAUGAUGACAUUUUCUAUGAAGGUAAUGCAGAUAUAGAUAAUGAUGGUUCUUUCUUACAGAGGGAUAAGAUCACUUUGUCAAAAUGUAUCGGAGUUAGACGAAAUUCGUCAUCGAUAUCUCAAAAUGUUUAUUGCCCCGAAAAUGAUUUCAAAAAGCAUCUGCAUGUUUAUUCUACUGAUUAUGGGUCACUCAAGCAUGGCGAAAAUAACAGUAACCUGGAGGAUACUUUAGUAAUGGUUGAUCCCACUGAUAAUUCUUUGAGGUUAGCUUCUUUAGACCUAGAAGAGGACACUGCAAGAGGACUCAUCCCUUCGACAGCCAAAACACAAUUCGGAAAUAGAACUAGCAAUGGUACCAGAGGCAACGUGAAAUAUUUUCCUCCGAUAAAUAACAAAAGGGAUCUAUUCAUAGGGAUAGGGUUAUUGUUACUAGUCGUGAUUAGUAACAUUUUACUAACCAUAGGCCAAUGUUUGAUUACUUCAAUCUACUUCAUAUACGUACCAGGUCAUAAAGAGCUCUUCACACGCAUAGUUAAUUAUUUUGGCAGAAGGACGCUAAAAUAUUUUCUAAUGGUUGUUGUCAUCCCUUUUAGCACACUAAAUCUUCUUGCCAAUGGAAUGAUUUACAUGUGGAGGGAUAGCAACUUUCAAUGCUCAGCUGCUGUUAACCCAGAUUUCCUUUCAAGAACGUACUCCAAUAGUAUAAGAAAUCACCAUGAUUACUACGAGUCGGGUUCCUCCCUGCACCAGUCAAGACAGGGCUCGAUUACUAUUUCUGAUUUGGCGUCCCAACAAGAUCCAUCCUCAUUGAUGCUUAUACCGUCUCCAUUAGACUAUCCUCAUCAUUACGGCUCCAAUUUAGACGAUUACGAAGCUUUUUCGCCAAGAGUUCUGGGACGCGUUAGAAACAUUAUCUGUUCAUGGCGUAAAGUUGCCGUUAAGGACUCCUUUGUGCUUACGUCGAUGUUCAUCUGGGGCAUGGUAAUUUUCAUUACCGGUAUAAGGAGUACUAUCACCUUUUGA